AGCGGCCAUUUCGGAGGUUACUUCCCGGCCUUCAUUAGCGACCUGGUGCCUGCAGGCCCGGGAGCACCUGUCCCCCCGGCUCGGUGUGGCACCACUGGCUUCAGGGAACGGAGCUUCCCAGUGACGUCAUACGCGGAGGCUUCCGGUUCCCGCUCUUGAGGUUGGACUCUCACGUGCAGGCUUUUCCAGGACCCCCUGGGCUCCUGCAGUCUUUUAAUGGAGGGGCUGGUCCUCUGGGAGGACCGUGCAGAAUCAGCAACCUCCGUCUCUAUCCAGCGGUUAAAGUCCAUGAAACAAUUGCACUUGUGCCUUGUAACAUAUGGGAAAGAGAAUGAAAACGCACUCAGCUAGCCAGUGGUGCCUGAGCAGCUAGGUAAGAAUUGAGAUGCUAAUAUCUAAUAUGUUGUUUCAAGAGCCCUUCAUAACAUUUGCUGUUGGUUUGUGGUGCUGGAAAUGAUGAUUUGGUCCCCAGUAAAGAGCACCAACUGAAAGGGUGUUCUGCUGUCUUAAUCAGGCAGUUCUUCAGACAGUCAUCAUGGGUAUUCGAGGACUGAUGAGUUUUGUGGAAGAUCAUAGUAAUGAGUUCUUCACUGAUUUGAAGUUGCGGGACACAAAAAUUGUCAUUGACGGCUAUGCUCUUUUCCAUCGGCUUUGCUUCAACUCAAACUUGGAACUUCGGUAUGGAGGGGACUAUGACUCUUUUGCAGAUGUUGUACACAAAUUCUUUGAAUCACUGUUUGCUUGUAAUAUCUGUCCAUAUGUUGUGUUAGAUGGAGGAUGUGACAUUUCAGAUAAAAAGCUUAAAACUUUAAAAGAUCGAGCUAGAGAGAAGAUCCAGGUGGCUCAUUCCCUUUCCGUUGGUGGGGGUGGGUGUGUGUGUCCCUUGCUCAUCCGGGAAGUGUUCAUCCAGGUUUUAAUGAAGCUGCAGGUGUGUUUUGUCCAGUGCUUUUCAGAGGCAGAUCGGGACAUUAUGACCCUGGCUAAUCAUUGGAAUUGCCCUGUGUUAUCGUCAGAUAGUGACUUUUGCAUUUUUGACCUAAAAACUGGGUUUUGCCCACUGACUAGCUUUCAGUGGAGAAAUGUGAACACUGUCAAAGGCACACGAGACUGCUAUAUCCCUGCCAAAUGCUUUUCCGUUGACGCACUCUGCCGUCACUUCAGCAACAUGAAUAAAGCGCUCUUACCUCUCUUCGCGGUGCUGUGUGGAAACGAUCAUAUCAAUCUACCCAUCAUGGACACAUUCUUAAGUAAAGUCCGUCUUCCUCUGGGAGCUACCAGUUCAAAGGGAAGGAGACACCACCGAGUUUGGGGACUUCUGAAUUGGUUAUCUCAAUUUGCCAACCCUACUGAAGCACUAGAUAACGUUCUGAAAUAUCUCCCAAAAAAGGAUCGAGAAAAUGUGAAGGAAAUUCUCUGCUCUUCCAUGGAAGAAUACCAGCAAUCCCAGGUGAAGCUGCAGGACUUCUUCCAGUAUGGGACUUACGCCUGUCCGGCCGCCUUGAAUCUGGAUUUGCCAGAAUGGGUAUUAGUGGCAUUGGCCAAGGGCCAGCUGUCUCCUUUCAUCAGCGAUGCUUUGGUGCUAAGACGGACCAUUCUUCACACACAGGUGGAAAAUAUGCAGCAACCAAACGCCCACAGAAUCUCUCUGCCCAUCCGGCAAAUCAUCUAUGGGCUUCUCUUGAAUGCUUCCUCACAUCUGAAGAGUGUGUCUCGGAAUGCGUUGCCUUCUCAGCCUCCAGCUUUCAGCGAAGUGGAAAGGAUUCAUAAAAAUAUCAAAACCUCGAUUGUUAAUGCCGUGGAACUGCCCAAGGAUUAUUCUGACUUAAGCAAAUUGGCUGAGCUUUCCUUGGCCAAACGGCAGAUCCUUCUGUUAGAAACCCUGAAGGUGAAACAGACCAUCCUGGAGCCAAUCCCUUCUUCACUGAAGUUGCUAGUUUCAGUCACGUGUUACUGGCUGCAGCACACAGAGGCCAACGCAAAGCUACAUCACCUGCAGGCCUUACUGCUAGGGAUGCUGAUGGGGCCCCUGCAUGUCAUCAUCACGAGCCCUGACAAGGAAGAUGUGCGGGAGGACGGAGCUAGGCUGCUGUAUGAAGCGUUCCGGAGAGUGAAGGAGCAGACGCGGCCGGGCGCGAGACUGGACUUAGACACAGCUCACAUCUUCUGUCAGUGGCAGUGCUGUCUGCAGAUGGGGGUGUAUCUCAAUCAGCUGCUGUCCGCUCCUCUCCCGGAACCAGACCUAACUCGACUGUAUAACGGAAGCCUGGUGCAUGGACUGUGCCAACAACUAACAUCGACUUCUGCAGAAAGUCUCCUGAGCUUGUGCCCUGAGGCGAGGCAGCUUUAUGAACAUCUGUUCAAUGCCACAAGGUCAUAUGCCCCUGCUGAAUUAUUCCUACCAAAGGGUAAAUCAAAUUCAAAAAAAAAAAGGCAAAAGAAACAAGGUACCAGCCGGUCAAAGAACAGAGUGGGAACCACCUCAGACACUAAAUGCUGGUACGAGGGAGGCAAUCGGUUUGGGCUGUUAACGGCUGAAAACUUGGAGGAGCAUACUGCGCUCUCAGAGCUUGAGUAAACUCAGUCUGCAACCAGAUGUAUAAGUUUUUUUAAAGUAGGCUGCACACCUAAUGUGGGGCUUGAACUCACAACCGGGGGUCAAGAGUCCUGGAUGCUCUACCGCCUGGGCCAGCCAGGUGCCCCCAGGCGUAGAAUUCUUAAAACUUUUAUUACCUCCCUUCAAAUGAUUAACUUUUUUCUUAACAACUAAUCUGCUAGGGGAUAAAGACUGUAAAGGCAAUCUUCGAAUUCCAAGGUAUUUUGUAUUCUGCUUUUAAUAAAUACAACCUGAUUUAAGAAACCAGUAUUUUCUUAAACACUCUUGAAAGCAUGUUUGUACUUCUCAUUCCAUUUUAGGAAAUUAAUAAUAAGUCUAUAACCUUUACAUUGCAGCAACUCAGCCAGCUAUGUUUUCAAAAAGAAUAGAAGUUCUACUUAAUUAUUUCCCAGAAGCAGAAGCUGGGUUAUUAUCAUUUCAAAACAUUUUUCCCCAACUGUUUUCUCUUCAUCCUUUAUUCUGAAAGGUCCAAGCCUUAGAAGAGAGAAGUUGAGGAUGCCAGACAGAAGGUAAACACUUUUAAGUACUAGGAAAAUGAGACCAUGGCAGGCUUGAGGAACACUUUAUAUGCUCCAGGUUUUAAAGCAGAAGUUGAAAUUGUAAUGGCUCCAACAAAUUAAGAAAUAGCAUCCUGAGCUCCUGGAUCUAGAGGAGGAGGAGGAAACGCUAUAAAGAAAUUAAAAUAUUAGUGAUAUAUGCAGCAAUACCAGAAUCUUAGGCCAUUUUUUUAUACUACAAGUAUUGACCCAUUAAUGGGAUAUGAAAUCAGUAAGUCAUAACCAGUAUUUUUUUAAGUGGAAAUCAUCAGACAUGCAUAUAAUAUAUUAAAUGGUUGUACAAAAUGCAUUUCUUACUGUAGAUUGCAGUCAAAAGACUUUGAAAGGCACUGCUCUGGAACACACUAGAGGCUGCUAAAAUUAUAACUACCAGUAGAAUUGGGAAGGUGCUGGCCAGUUCCAAAUAAAGAACUUGAAAAUAAACAAGCAAGUGGAAUCAAUCUAUUUGGGCAAGAUCUAUAGAUCUGAAGGUAUAAUCCCAACCGUUUUUAUUUGUAUUCACACAAAUUGUGUUUUUCCUUUCUUCUGUACUCUCUCACUGGCUGCAUUCUAUCAGUAAGAAGCCUAAACAUAGUUUUAAGCUGCCACGUUGAACAGGCCUACAUUCAGUUCCUAACAUCUAACAAACAAGUCUUUCCACUUUUCUAGUGAGAACCAUACGCUUAGGGGAGUACGUCUAGCAUCAGCCAGUGUUCGGUACACACCUUCCAAGUGUUUACUGGCUUUAGCCAUUUACAAAAGACAAAAACACCAUCUUGUUUGUUCCCUAAAGUUUUCAACCCUAAAGACUGGCUUCUGUUUCAAAUAAAGAAUUCUUGAAAUAAAAUUUUUGUUUAUUUUA